AUGUCCACAGCGAUUUGGGGUGGGCUACCUCUACUCGGGAAUUGCUUUCCACUUCUUAGUGUAACUGCUUGGGCAUAUUCUUGUGGUGAAGAGGAUGAUGCACUUGAAGACUCAAUGAUUUGGACUCUUGAAGUCAAUGACUCUAGUUUAGAGUGUAUCUCAACCAGCUUGUUGUUCAUUUCCAGAGAACCUUUGGCUUGCCCUUGUGCGGCCAGGGGGCUUGAUAAUUGUUGUAUCGCCCUUGUUGAGGAUUCCUAUAGCUUCCUUGUCUAUUUUGAAUGUAGCAAACUUCUUGUGUUGUCUCCUCCCCUUCCUGGUCCUUGA